AUGCAAACUGAUUAUUUUUCUUUAAGAUCAGGUAAACCCAAUAGUUAAAGUGCAAAGAAUCUUGAUUAGUAAAUAAGGGUUUAAAAAAGUGUUUCAUAAAAUAUGUAUUCAGUUCCUUGCAUGAAUUGUGAGAAUUUAAUUCCAAUAAAUGAGAUUGAUUCACACACAUUUAAAUGUUUAAGUGUUUCAAAGAGUGUAACAGCAGUUCUAAAAUCAAAUAGGAUUUUAGAUGAGAUAAAUUUCAAGAUUUCAAAAUUGAGAGAGUCUAUUCAACAAUUAAAUUCAAAAGAAUAGAAAUAAGAAAACAGCAAAUAUUUAAUAAGAGCAGAUGAAAUGUGUGAAUAAAUAUAGACAAUAUAAAAUACAAAUUAAAUUGAAUUCAGAAAACUAUAAGACUUAAAUUAAGAGUUACGAACUAUGACAGAAUCAUAUCGUGGUUCAUUAGCUAUUGCAUUAUAUUUAGAAAGAUUACAUUCUUUAGGAUUAUAAAAGUAAACUUAAUUAGAAAAGGAGAUUCGUACUCCUAGAAUUGAUACUCAAAAAGUUAAUAGUAAUCAAAUCAACAGCAGAAAUCAAAUUAAUAAUAAUAAUACUAAUUAGAUAAAUAAUAAUUAGAUAAAUAAUAUUUAACUAAAUAAUAAUUAUAAUAAUUAUAGUAAUUAACUAAACAAUAAUUAUAACAAUUAUAAUAGUAGUGCAUAUUAAUCAUAAUAAUCAUAAUAAUCAUCAACUUAUCGUUAUUAAUAACCUUCAGAAUAAAAUAGACUAUCAUAAUUACCACCUCCAUCACAAUUUUAAAAUUCCCCAUAUGGAAGACCUACUAUAAUAACAAAGUUUUCAGGAAGUUAAGAUAGAAAUUAAUUGUAUGAUAUGAAAAGUGAAAUAUUAACUAAAAUAUCUACAUCCUAAUUUGAUGAAAGUGAAGCAAAUUAAAAUGAUAGUGAUCUUAAUAACUCAAAUCAAUAUAAUUAGUAAUAAAGAAUAUUCUAUUCUAAAUGUUUAGCCUAGAAAACUAAAUUACCUAAUACUCAUCCAUCUUAAAAAAUACCUUUAUGUAUUUUACAUAAAGAAAUGCUUUAAAGAAAGAUUCCUAAUUCAAUGUGGGAUAAAUUCAUUAAUGAUGCCUUAAAUAAUCCACAUCAAUAUCUAGAUAUGAAUAAAGUAUAAAAUACUUAAGGAUUAAAAAAUUAAUUAAGAUCAAUGACUCAAGAACACUAAUUCAAGCAAAGAAUACAUAAUAUUUGA